AUGGCCGCUACCGAUUACAAGUUCGAGGGCUGGGUUGGCCUUGACGAGAAGUCGUCCGAGGGCAACAUGGUCUGGCAGGAGUAUGACCCCAAGCCCUGGGAGGAGACGGACGUCGACAUUCAAAUCACCCACUCGGGCGUCUGCGGCUCCGACAUCCACGUCCUGCGGUCCGGCUGGGGCCCUGCCCCCUACCCCGUCUGCGUCGGCCACGAGAUCGUCGGUGUCGCCGUCCGCGUCGGCUCCAAGGCCGAAGGCGGCAUCAAGGUUGGCGACCGCGUCGGUGUCGGUGCCCAGUCCGACUCGUGCCUCGGCCGCCAGGGUGCCUGCGAGCCCUGCGAGACCAAGAAGGAGCAGUACUGCCCCAAGUCCGUCCACACCUACGGCGCCUUCCACUACAACGGCGGCAAGGCCAUGGGCGGUCACUCCAAGUACCACCGCUGCCCCUCUCACUUUGUCGUCAAGAUCCCCGACGGCCUUGAGUCGGCCUAUGCCGCGCCCAUGCUGUGCGGCGGUGUCACCGUCUACUCGCCCCUCAAGAUCCACGGCUGCGGUCCUGGCAAGACGGUCGGCAUCAGCGGUGUCGGCGGCCUCGGCCACAUGGCUAUCAUGCUCGCCAAGGCCAUGGGCGCCGACAAGGUCGUCGGUAUCUCCCGCAAGGCCGAUAAGCGCGACGAGGUUCUGAAGAUGGGCGCCGACGAUUACAUCGCCACCGCCGAGGAGGGUGACUGGGCCAAGAAGUACGCCAACACCUUUGACAUCGUCAUCUCCACCGUCUCCUCGGCCAAGGUGCCCAUGCAGGAUUUCCUCAACCUCAUCAAGCUCGACGGCUCCCUCGUCCAGGUCGGCCUGCCCGAUGAUGGUGCCUACACCAUCUCACCCGUGCCUAUGGUCAUGCGCCGCGUCAAGUUCACCGGCUCCCUGAUCGGCUCCCCCCACGAGAUCCGCGACAUGUGGGAGCUCGCCGCCAAGAAGGGUGUCAAGCCCUGGAUCCAGGUCCGCCCCAUGAGCGAGGCCAACCAGGCCAUUGUCGACCUCGAGGAAGGCAAGGCACGCUACCGCUACGUCCUCGAGAACUAA